UUGAUAACCGGGUUUCUUCGAAUUUGAGACCGUUUCUGCAUCAUUUCGACCUGUUGAAGUAUACAGCGUUCGUCGUGGGCUACAUGCAUCAGAUUCCAGCAUAGACGCUCAUCGACAGGUCAGCACCAUGUCAGCUAUUCAGCGAUUCAUCUCAAACCCAGCAAAUCAUGACCUCUUGGCUAUUCUCAAAGGCGCGAGAAAUGGUCUCGUCUACGGGGUCAAGAUACGCUUCCCGCAUGCUCUUGUGAUGACUCUACUUUUCUCAAACAAAUCAUGGCCAGCCAAGAUCCGCAAUAUAUUCACUGCGACCCGCACCCAUGCCCUGAACUUGGCAAAAUUCGUAACGAUUUACAAAGUCUUGCUACUGCUCCAGAAGAAGUUCAACGGUGGAAAGGAGCGAAAUCUAGAUACGUUCAUAGCGGGUGGUCUAGGAGGAUGGUGGGUAUUUGGAGAGAGAACAGCGAUUAACGAACAGAUCGUCCUCUACGUCAUGUCUCGAGUGUUCCUCUCCUUCCUCCCACGUCUCUACAAAACUACGUCCACACCUCCUUCUUACCCUACUCAACCGCUGUACCCGCUGCCAUCACUCACUUCGCCUGAAGGUAAUCCCAGACCCAUCCCACCUGCGCCGUUACCUUUCGCACUGGUCUCCGCACUCAGCUGGGCAGGGGUCAUGUACAUGUUUAGACAUCGUGGAGAGAGGUUACAACCGGGAAUGAGCAAUUCCAUGCGGUAUCUCUAUCACGACUCGGAAGCCUGGUACGAUCUGCGUACAUUGCUCUGGCAUAACAAGUAAAAAAUCAGCCACUUAUGGCUGAUGGACCGUACACGUAUCGUCGUCAAUUCAUGCGAUCAGCACUUGCUAUGUUGUAGUACAACUGUAUCCUAUGCAGGGUA